GGAGCGCUUCCUGCUUGGAAAUCUCCAGGCCCACGAUCAGCCCCGUCCAGCAGGCAGGUGCCGCAGCCCGGGCCCAGGAAGCCCAGACCCGCAUCAGCAGGGAUGUGCUCCGUACCGGUGCCCCGGGCGCCCUUGCGCCGUGUGGCCGUGACCGGCGGCACCCAUGGCAACGAGCUGUCUGGCRUCUACCUGGCCCGGCACUGGCUGCRGGACCCCRGGGAGCUGCGGAGACCCAGCUUCUCUGCCACGCCCGUGCUGGCUAACCCGGGGGCUGCGGCCGCCUGCCGCCGCUAUGUGGACUGUGACCUCAACCGCACCUUCACGGACACCUUACUCGCCUCCAGGGCCACUCCGAAUGACCCGCACGAACUGACGAGAGCUCGGGAACUGGACCAGCUGCUGGGGCCCAAGGCCUCUGGCUCCGACCGGGCCUUCGACUUUGUCCUCGACCUGCACAACACCACCGCCAACAUGGGCACCUGCCUCCUGGUGGAUGGCGCCCACAACACCUUUGCCCUGCACCUGUCCCACCACCUACAGCUGCAGUUCCCCGAGGUGCCCUGCCAGGUGCUCCUGACCCGGCCACCGCAGUCGGCGAGGAAGAGCUUCAGCCUGGACUCUGUGGCCAAGAAUGGAAUGACUGUGGAGCUGGGCCCGCAGCCCCAGGGCGUGCUGCGCGCUGACGUCUUCUCGAGGAUGAGAGCCCUGGUGGCCUCCGCUCUGGACUUCAUGGAGCUCUUCAACCAGGGCGCGGCCUUCCCYGCCUUCGAGAUGGAAGUCUAUAGAAACCUGGGCGGCGAGGACUUCCCGCGCACCCAGGACGGGGACCUGGCCGGCAUGGUGCACCCGCAGCUGCAGAGCAGUUGGCAUGUCACCAGCUGGCCUUGGCUCUCCUCCAGGACAGGGACUAUGAGCCUCURCAGCCAGGUGCACCCAUCUUCCAGAAGUUCAGUGGUGAGGAAGUGCUGUACSAGGGGGACUCCACUGUGUACCCCGUGUUCAUCAACGAGGCUGCCUACUAUGAGAAGCACGUUGCCUUCCUCCGGACCGAGAAGCUCAUGAUUUCUGUGCCCCCACUGCCACCGUUGUCACCCACCCCCACGAAGGUUCUCUAACCCAAGCCACACUGCAGGCCUUGCCG